UUCUGACCACUUCACACUAGCGCAUACUGCGCGUUUAGUGCCCGUACUGACAACACUGGGACAAAACCUUUCUGGGAAAAUAUGGAGCUUGGGAACGCAAGGAAUUUAAGGGGGAAAUGUGCUCUCAGACAGCACAUCAUCAGAGAGUUUCUGGCAGAAUUGCUUGGAACAUUCGUAUUAAUACUCUUUGGCUGUGGCUCUGUCGCCCAGGCUGUCCUGAGCAGAGGAACCUUGGGGGAGCCAUUCACCAUCCACAUUGGCUUCACCAUGGGAGUGAUGUUGGCCAUUUACGUGGCCGGAGGGGUGUCGGGCGGGCACGUGAACCCAGCUGUAUCGCUGGCUAUGGUCAUCCUGGGGAAGCUUCCUGUUAAAAAAUUCCCGGUGUAUGUGGCUGCACAGUUCAGUGGGGCUUUCGUGGGCUCCUGUGCUGUCUUCGGCCUGUACUAUGAUGCCUUCAUGGACUAUAGCAAUGGAGUGUUGAUGGUAACAGGUGAAAAUGCCACAGCAAACAUUUUUGCUUCCUAUCCAGCAAAGCACCUCUCAGUCCUCAAUGGAUUUGCUGAUCAGGUAAUUGGCACAGGGGCACUGGUGAUGUGUGUUCUGGCUAUAAUGGACAAGAAGAACAUGGGUGCACCUAAGGGGAUGGAGCCUCUGGUCAUCAGCCUGACCAUCCUGGCCAUUGGCGUGUCCAUGGGCUUGAACUGCGGCUAUCCCAUCAACCCAGCUCGAGACCUGGGUCCCAGGCUCUUCACCGCUGUGGCAGGGUGGGGGGUGGAGGUGUUCAGAGCUGGGGGCUACUGGUGGUGGAUCCCGGUUGCCGGGCCAAUGGUUGGGGGCGUGCUGGGUGCUAUGAUCUAUCUCCUGCUUAUUGAGCUACACCACCCGGAGCUGGGGAAACAGGGUGCGGAGGAGAACAACAUCAAGGACAAGUACGAGAUGAUCACCAUGAGCUAAACAGGAAGGGGAGAAAUCGAACUGUUGCACUUCCCUGUUGACCUCAUCCAGACAGUAGAGAACAGCCUCCUGCUGGUCUCCUUUCUCCUUAUGCCCGUGUGUCUUUAGAUAGAAUGCAAAUGGGCACCAUAUGCGGGUGCUUUUAUAGACAUUACACUUUGAAAUAAAACAUCUGCCUUUUGCACAAAGCGCUGCUUUUACCAGUAAUCUUGCAAUGACACCAUGCAUGCAUAGUAUGUAAAAGCAUGGUUGAUUCUACGAGCUGUUAUUAAGUUUGCACCAAAGAGGUAAUUUAAGAAUUCCCACUUCUUACCUUUUCUUCCAAGACCUGGUUUCUCUAUUGUUUGAAAACAAACGAGACAAAAGCGGGGAAGAAAUCAUAUACAGGCCUUCAGAAAACUCUGGAACAGACAGUAUUUACAUAAAAUCUAGAAAAUAGCAGUAUUUUUUAUAAAGUCUAUAAAAUGGCAGUAUUUCAAGCAUUUUUAUUGGUAUUUGAGAAGACGCUGAACAUUUUUUCAAAACCAGCUCAGGUAUAAAUAACUCCUGUCAUUAAGCCCAGGCACAACUGUUCAUUCUCCAAGGCCACAACAUGAGAAAAUGUUUGGUUCUCACUGCAGGACGAUAUGUGAUGUAUAUUGCUGUAUAAGUUCAUGGCACUGUUUGGACAGGGUGAACCAUCCUCUCUGUCUUUGAAUCAUUCAUAAUUUAAAGCCAUAAUACUCCUCACUUCCACUCAGACAAGAAUGUACAAACUCCACAUGUGCUGUCCUCCUCCGCCCUUUGGCUUCUCAGGUCAGAUGAGAACAUUUUCAUAUGGAGUGAAGGAACAGAAUUGACCUUUUCUGGACUGGGCCAAGUGGCACUGAUCCAAGGGCAGCACGUGGGCUAAGAGCUGCCGGUGAACUUCAGUGCCAUCAACUUGGAACUGAAAAAGCCAAUAACUUGUGGUAGACUAACUGAAAAUUAAUCUGAAAAUACACACAAACUUUACCUCAGACCUGAGGGUUAAAGCAAGAAAAAAAUGAGUACUUUGUUACAGUGUAAAAUGUGGAUGGCCAUAUGGAGUGCGUGAUUGGUUAGUUUCAACCUUAUUUUUGAUCUUGAUGUAACUAUUGUUUGACUAGUCAAAGAAAUACAAUAUGAAUCAUAUAUUUUGUCACUUUGUAACCAUUUAGUUUGCUCUAUAACGAAUGUGGCAUCUUUUUUUUUCUCUGACAUAAAUCACCCUUUCUGGUUAAAAACAAUUUCGUGAUGCUAUUAAUGUAAAUUUGACAUUACCAAAUGAACUGUAACCAUAAACAAUAAAUUAAUUGAUUAA